CGUAACCCGGAAGCAAACCAAUGUUAUGCUAGUGAAUUGACAUCGACACACCUGAACAGCAAAUAUCGGGUGAUAGACUCGUAUUAGUUUUUGUUCAGUACAUAUCUUCUUACGCUAAUAACAAUAAAGUGGUACUGUACACGUACUGGCAUAACGUUAGCGCGACAGCAGAAGUAAGAACCUCGAACUGCUAGGCUACGUUGGUCUUCUACAAGUGGACUGUUAGCAGGCAAGCUAACUGGAGACUUUUGAUGUUAGUUUGGGUCUUGGCGGGACGGGAACGACAUGUCCUGUGGCUUGUUGGAGUUUUGUCGUCUCCAAGAGCUCAAGACGGUCAGGGACUAUUUGUUCCGCGGUCAGACUGAGCCCUUGCAGCAGAAGAAUCAAACAGAAAAUGAGUUGUCAUGGGACACCUCUGAUUGGGAGUCAGCAUGGGAAGGUGACAACAGCAAAGAGCAAGAAGCCUCAUCGGUGGAGGAGGCCACAGAGUUAAGUGGACCCUGGCUGCAAGACUGCGUUGUGUCUCUGUCACCCUGCUCAGACCUGCUGGUGGUGGCCCACGAACAAAAGGCUGUCUUUCUUUCCGCUAAGUGGCGAACAGAUAGUGGUGGCAAAGAUGAGAUGACCUUGGAUGUGUCAUGGAGUGGAACGCUCAGCACGGAUGAAGGAGAGUGUGUGAGCAGCGCCAUCUGUGUACCACUGGCAAGUCAGAAAAGGAGCUCCACAGGACGGCCCGACUGGACGUGUGUUGUUGUGGGUUUCACUUCUGGUACUGUCCGCUUUUAUACAGAGAAUGGGGUUCUUCUUCUGGCCCAGCUGCUUCACGAGGACCCAGUUUUAAGGCUGAAGUGUCGCACAUAUGAGAUCCCUCGUCAUCCUGGUGUAACUGAGCAGCAUGAAGAGUUGAGCAUCCUGUACCCUGCUGCUCUGGUUACCAUAGAUGGCUUCAGCCUCUUUCAGUCUCUGCGUGCUUGCCGUAACCAGGUGGCAAGAGCUGCAGCUGCAGGUAGUGAUGUGGUUCAGCCUCCUCCUCUGGCCUACAAGAAGUGGGGUCUGCAGGAAAUGGACACUAUUGUAGACCACUGCAGUGUGGGUGUCAUGACACUGAACGUGUUUGAUCAGAUGAAGAAUGCCUCCAUUUUGGGGGGGUUCAAAGCUUCAGUCAAAGGCAGCCCCCCUGCCAUGAGCCAGUACGUCACCGUAGGAGGUGGCCCGUACACUGGGUUUUACUAUGCAGUCGAGGGAAGCUCCCAGCCUCUUCUCUCCCAUGUGGCGCUUGCCGUGGCCAGUAAACUUACAUCAGCACUGUUUAGUGCAGCCAGUGGGUGGCUAGGAUGGAGCAAGAGUAAAAAUGAAGAUGAGACUGUCCAGAAACACAGGCCCAAGGUGGAACCUGCAACACCCUUGGGGAUCAGGUUUGGUCUCCCAGAUUCUCGUCGGCAUGGUGAAUCCAUUUGCCUGUCCCCUUGCAACACACUGGCUGGAGUGACUGAUGACUUUGGUCGAGUUACAUUGCUGGACUUGACCAGAGGGAUUGCCAUUCGCAUGUGGAAAGGUUACAGAGAUGCCCAGCUGGGUUGGCUGCAUGUUCCAGAGGAGCGAAUUAGUCGGGAAAGCUCAACCUCAGCCUCAGCUUCCCUCCCCAGACGCCAUGCGCUGUUCUUGGUCAUCUAUGCCCCCCGCAGGGGGAUCCUGGAGAUAUGGGCAAUGCAGCAUGGGCCUCGAGUUGGUGCCUUCACUGUUGGAAAACACUGCAGGUUGCUGUAUGCUGGCUACCGUCUGCUAGGGGUGAACAGUGUGACCAGUCAGGGCUGGCAGCUCCACACCCAACAAGUGUGUUUGCUAGAUCCCAUCACAGGAGCACUGAGGACUGUGACUGUUCCCUUCCAUCUGGCUCUCAGUGACAAAAAAAGUGAAGGAGCGAAAGAUAUGCAUUUAUUAAAGAGACUAACAACAAUACUCAAGACCACAGAGUUGGAACCUGAUAUUUUAGAGAAUGAAGCCAAAAGCGUGCUGCUGGAUAUCAAACACUCCUCCAUUAAAAAAGAGGCUUUAGAGUCCCUGCUGUCCAGUAAGAACAUUCCCGUCUUGUGUCUCAAAAACAUCAUAUGCGCUUUAUUCAGUGCUCUGCGGCAGCAAGACCCUCAACAAGUGGAUCCAGUUUUACUGCAGCAAUGCUCCUCCCAGCUGAAACUGCUUCAGCUCUACAGUGACAUCCAACAUGUGCACGCUGCUGUACACACAGAGUGCUGCCAACCUAUUGAAUCCCUGGAUGGCAUAGAGGGGGAAGUGACCCGUGUGAGUCUUGUCUUGAAACGCUAUGCCAUGCUCACUUCGAGACCCAGCGUUUCCUUUGUCCAAGAUGCGCCAGAUACACCCCUGUCUGUCCAGGCCUUCCUCUCCCAGAUUGAAUGCACAGAGGAGGGACAGUUGAAGCUCGUCCACCGCUCUGAAACUGAAUGGAAUCAGUUAGGGAGCUUUGUUUUCUGGGGUGGCCUGUGUGGCAAAAGCCCACCGCAUAACAUCUGUGACAAACUGCAACAAGCUGGCAUCAGUCCACAGCAGCUGCUGAGCCUGUUGCUGAGUGUCUGGUUACAAAGAGAGAAGGAGGUUCUUCAGAACACAGAAGAGAGUGUUAAAAACCUUCACACACUACUAAUCCUCCUCAGCAACAUGGAAGGUGCUAUAGAGGAGUCAUGGGAUCCCCAGUCUCUCUCCCCCUGGUGGCAGCAGGCACGCAAUAUAUUGGUGCAGUCACACAACUCUGCAGCUGCUCUGCUGGCUGCCUUUGUUGCGCAUCGUGCUGCCAAGGCCAACAUCACCAGCAGGGCAGACAUCAAGUUAGAGUCAGAGUGGGAAGCUGUAUCACUGGAGCUGGAGCACUGGGUGGUGUGUGUUCGCCAGUUGGAAGACGUUGUGGUGCUGCAGACGCUCCUUUUGGUGCAGCCUCCGGUUGGAUCAGCGGGGGGCGCUGCAGUGCAGUGUACCAUAAAAAUGCUGAUGGAAGGAGGCACAGGAGGUAUCACCGACAACGUCUCCAAGUGGGUGUUCAAGCACAACCUGGCCCCUGAACAGCUGAAGGCAAUUCUUCAGAAGGGAGAAGAUAAUGUUGAUGACAUUAUAAAAGAGGGGGCAGGAGAAAGUGUAAAAGAGGUAGAAAAAAGUCAAGAGGACGCCGACAGAACAUCAGGGCUGUUGUUGGCAGUGUGCAAGCGCUUCCCUCACUCCCUCUGCCCCAACCUGCUCUUCGCCCAUUGCUGCUGGGAGUAUGUGGUGCAAUGGAACAAAGAUCCAGAGGAAAGUUUACGCUUGUGCCAGGCAGUGGAACAUCUGAAACUGGUCUCCAGUCCACAUAUCCAACUAGGUAUUUGCACAAUGAUGUGGAGUACAUUUAUUGUCAAACGUUUCUCUGCAGCGGCCUUCCUCAUUGAAAAGGUGGGCAAAGCACCAAAGGAUCGCCUGUGCCGACGGGAUGUGGGAAUGGGAGACAAAGCUUUGACCUCCUUCCUGGGAUGCUGUGUACAGCUGCUGCAGAUCCUAAUGGAGGUGACUGGUCUGUUGGUUAAGAAUCAGUGCCCUUUAUCUUUUAUCAACUAUUGUGUGGACUCCGCUGUGGCAGAGGUCCCUCCCCCUGAACUGUCUGUUGAGGAGGUGUGGUGCGGUGCCGAGGGCCCUGCAUCCAUAGCUGACCUGGCCCUGGAGCAGAAAGGUGUCCACUAUCCUUUGGUGCAGCACCACUGUCUGUUAGCAUCCCUGCUACAUGCCACCAUGACCUUCAGUCUGAAGGUGAAACCUCUCAGCCUGUUUGACAGCAAGGGUAAGAAUGCUUUCUUCCGAGAUCUGACCACGAUUCAGCUGAUGCCCAGUGGAGUCAUGGACCCAGGCCUGGUCUUAUUACGACAAGAGUUCCUUCUACGCGUGCUAACCUCCUGGGUACAGUGUAUUGGCAAUCCGUCAAGCUCCGCCCCUGGCGCCAGGCCUCCCUCGCUAUCCGCUUGUGACCCCACAGCUGACUGGUGGCCCUCGCUUUGUCUGGAGCUGGGCAGCCUGCUACAGGUCAACCCUGACAUCCUGCGACGACACCUCGUCUGCCAGCUCUACAACCAGGGCCUGGACCUGCAGGCUGAGGAGGUGAUGUUAGAGGUUGAGGACAAGGAUGUGCUGGGUUCUCAGCUGCUGGUGACUACAGGACAGAGGCUGAGCUACUCACUGCUGCACAGUCAGAACCAGACACAGCCUGCUAUGGAGCUAUUGGCCCGACUGCCUCCCACACUCUGUACAUGGCUCAAGGCUAUGGACCCCAGUGAGCUACGGUGCCCCCUGGUGCCUCUUCCCCAGACUAGCAGACUAGUGGGACACUUGAUUGAGAUGCUUCCAGAGAACCACGCGCAGUACAGCCUGGCACUACACCUUUUGGAGGCGGUGGACGCCCUCACGACAGAGGACUGACCCUUAUAAUGGGGGCAAGGAGUACGUUUAUUGAGGACAUCUGACUUUAUGAAGACAGUUUUGAAGAACUGCCUAAUUGCAUCAAGUCCACAAGUAAAUCUGAGAAAGUUAACCAAGACUGCAUUUCCCUUGUUUUGUUGUGGAGCUUAUGUUCCAAUAUUCCAAUCAUGUUAAUAAAGCUUAACUAUUUCAGUUGGUUUUUAACCAUUUUAGCCCCACAUAUUUUUGUAUGUAGCAUGAAUCAUAAUGCUUGCUUGUGUCUUAUUGAGGAGUAUUGUAGUUCAUGGAUAUUAGACUAGGUGGUCCUCGUCAUUUGUUUGGUUAUCAUCGGUUUCUUUCUAAGGUGCAGGAGUCAAGUAUAAUGAAGAAUAAUGACCUUAUUUUUUCUAUGUAUAUACCGCAUAUGCAAGCAGUUCUGUUCAACUUACUGUGCCUGGAAGCCUUCUAUUCUGAAGUCUAAUGUCCAGCUCCUCCCACUGGGCUACAUCCAAAAGGAAUAAAGAUGUUUUCCUAUCGUGGUAAAACUGAA